GCGAGGUCACUGUCAGUUUGUGUUGAGCAGCGGCGGAGUAAGAGUUGAUGUGCGGGGAGUUCGAAUCCCGCAUCACUGAACCAACACCGCUGUACCUUUUACACGCGUGCCAGCAGUGCCAGGGGGCGUCAGCGAGUGCCAAAGAGUGCCAGUGUCCUUAUAAUCCUUCCAGGUACCUCAUAAGUAGACGGAACUGCCUUAAACUGCCCCAAAAAAGUGCCUGGGAACUUUAAAUAAGGAAAUAUUGAACGGUUGGGACGGUUCUGUGAUUCUCCACGUGGUGUUGAGGGAUGGUACAUGAUCUGAAAAGAGUGGCGGCAGAGGAAGCCUGAAGAAGACGUGUGCGGCGGGAUGCAGGGGGCGGUGAGGGAGUCCAUGGCUGCGGUGGCGGUUGUGGUGGUGGUGGUGGUUCUGUCUGCUACCACGGCCAGUGCUCAGAAUGUUGCAGGGGAGCAGGGAGGGCAAGGGACUCGCCAGAACAGGGACCUCGUAACAGUGCCAGGUAAUGUGGCGCCCCGCGUGUGGAGAACCAGGCCGCGUCUCCAGGACCCUAAGAACCUCCCCUACGGCACUGUCCACGCCCACACACUGCUGGGGAGGCGCGAUCCUAAUCUUGUGGCCACUAAAUCCAGUUACACCAUCGUGGCGCCGCGCAUAGCCAGACCCUCUACUAUAUAUCGUGUAGCAGUGGGCAUUCUUAGCGGCAGCUCCCCUGUGGACGUCACUGCCCAGCUUACCUCCCCAGGGGCCAGCCUCACCCCUGCCAAGGCCACCAUUGCUCCAGGAGACACCGAGGACCUUCUUAUUCAGGUGCCCCACACGUCAGUCAUCGCCACCUACACCCUGCACGUGGAGGGGCGCCGUGGCCACACCCUCGUCUUUAGAAACUCCAGCCAGGUGUUGUCCAGUCCUACAUUCCUCACCAUUCUCAUCCAGCUGUCCAGAGUGUGUUUCAACGGUGGCCAGGAUGUUGGCAUCAAAAUCAUUCUUCUCACCACUGAGUUAAGACCUUACGAGGAACCUGUUGACGUCUUCAUCCUGGAUCCACAAGACAACAUUAUCAAGAGAUGGGUUUCAAGGUCACCGAGAGUAGGUAUAGUGGACGUGUCGUUUACGUUACCUGAUCUGCCACAGCUUGGUUGGUGGCGCGUCAGAGUGAGGGCCAGAAGACAGGAACAAGAGAAGCAGUUUUUGGUGCACAAGCUUUAUGAACCUUUGUUUGAGGUGUUCGUGGGGCUGCCUUACUACGCCCUCUCCACGGACGAAGAGAUCACGGGCACCAUUUCCGGCACGUACACCACGGACAAGCCCAUCUACGGCAACGCGUCCUUGUCUGUGUACGUGAAGCAGCCGUGGGACAGACCUGACUCGGAUUUCAAAUAUGUUACGACGGAAAUUUUCGAAUAUGUGGAUGAAGAAGAAGAAUUUGCUUUCCCAAUGGAGUCUCUUCUGCCUCACGUUCAGCAGCUUGAGGGAGCCGAAGUUCUGAUAGAGUGCAAAUUCUAUGAGGUGUUUUGGUGGAUUGAGUCGCGAGGCCAUUCCAGGAUCCGAAUUCUUGGCAACGAGGUGGAGGUGAAGCUGGUGGGAGCUGAACCCUUCGUGUUCCGCCCAGGCAUGCCCUUCACUGGCACCGUGGCAGUCCAACACACAGACAAGCAGGCAAUAGACCCUUCCCGCCUUGAGGAGUCCACGCUACUUAUCAAGGCCACAGUCUCCACCCCCUCCUCCUCCUUCAAGCUGCCUGAGAUCAUCGUGCCCCCGCUUUCAGAAGACACGGAAACAAGAGAGAGGGCCAUGAAAACACUGAAGGAUGCACAGUGGGAGUGGCUCUGGGGCGGCAAGGAGGCAGAAUCGGACACGUGGAAAUAUGAAGUCAUGACAGCGGAAAAUGAACUAAAGGAGCUGUUUCAAGAUUACACUAAGGAUCAGUACUUUGCUGAAUAUAGAAGUACUGGUAUAUUCAGGUUCAAGGUGGACAUCCCGAAGGAGGCAACGAAGGUUCAGUUUGACGUGACCUACCAAGAUUCAGAAGCCAACGCCGCCUCCACCACCACCGCCCUGGCCCACCACAACCCCGGCCACAGGUACAUUCAGGUCACCACCAGCACGGACGAGGCGCACGUUGGGGAGUUCGUUGUGCUGCACGUGCGGUCAAAUUUCCACGUGCAUAAGUUUAUUUACAUGAUCCUGGCCAAAGGGUUGCUGCUGCACGUGUCAUCUGAGGUCACGGGUGGCGAUGACGUGGUGACCUUCAGUGUGGCGGUGUCCUCGUCCAUGUCCCCGCGGUUCACUGUUGUUGUUUACGCCAUCACUCACGACGGGGAGGUGGUGGCCGACUCUAUGGCUGUCCCUGUGUCUGUGCUCAAUAACAUGAAGAUCAGCCUGGCGCUCAACCAACACAAGGACCACUCCAAGAGGACAGUGGAGGUGGUUGCGGGCGCCCCUCCUGGCUCCCUGUACACCUUGCAGUGCCAGAGGGGCCUUAACUACAUCAGACAGCACCCCAACGCCCUUACCCGCUCCAGAAUCCUUGCGCAGAUGAUGGAGAUGGAACCGGUGCAAAGGACAGUCCACGGAGUCUUACAGAGGUCACGAGAUGGCAGCACCGCGGACCGUCUUGUGCCCUUAUCAGCGCACAGUUACGGCAAGGAUGUGCUGGCGGCCUUCCAGGAUGCUGCCCUUAUCCUGCUGACCGAUGCUGACCUGGCCCUCACCCCCGGCAGAGAGGGUACCUGUGACGUCAUUUCCGGCUACCUGGAGUGUGGGGACGGUACCUGCUUCCGCCACCACCAGCUGUGUGACGGGGUGAUGCAGUGUGCUAACGGUGCUGACGAGCUGGGAUGUGACAAGCUUUACAACGACUUCCCUCCCAACCAUAAAGAACAGGAAGACCACCUGGGCCUCACCUCAGACACGCUGUUCCGUAUCCUGCGGGAGCACUUCAUUGAGGACAUUUUUGAUGAAGAGGAUAUCGAGUGGUGCAACGCUGACAUCUGGGUUGGUCACCGCGGGCAGGAAGAGAUCCAGCGGGAGGUGGUGAAGACAGCGGAGGAGUGGGUGGUGGAGGCGUACGCAAUCCACCCAGAAUUCGGCCUUGCUUUCACCCACGAGCCUAUACAGUUCUUGAGUGAUCCGCCCUUUUACAUCAUGGUGGAGGGACCCGAAUCAUGCAGGAGAGGUGAACAGAUCGCUAUUCGGGUCAUCGCCUACAACCUGGUGGACAUAACGUUGCAGGCGGUCCUCAUCCUGCACGACAGCGACGACUACAUGUUUGUCAACGUGGAGGAGGAUGGCAACGUGCAGCACUUCAGGCCCAGGCUCUCUAGAGGGCAGCACCAGCACCUUAUUAUCAUCCCCCCUGGAGGCCUGCAGGAGGUGCUGUUUCCCUUAGCGGUGAAGAGACAGUCAGGCACGAUGGAGGUGACGAUAGAGGCGGUGACUCAGGUGAUGCAGGACUCCGAGACGUGGGAGGUGGAGGUGAAGCCUGAAGGUGUCCCGGUCCGUAAGCACACGUCCCUCGUCCUUGACCUACGCAACCGUGCCGUGCUGUACGAGUUUCUAGACGUGCCUAUAGAUGAGAGCCCUGUCAUUCCCUUCAGCAUCCUCCGCCGCUUCCUGUAUGGCUCUCCCGCCGCCAGGAUCUCCAUUACGGGUGAUGUGUUUGGCCCCACCCCUGAGAGCCUGAUGGUGGAUCAUACGGAGGUGUUCGGGGGGCGGCACCUCAGAAGUACUGACGGCGUGGCGUUUAACUUCGGCGCAACUCUGUGGACUCUUCACUACCUGCGUCUGACUAACCAGCUGGUCACUAAUGAUGCUAAAGACGCCUUCGACUACCUCACGGUCCAGCUGGCGGGGCUCCUGUGGCGUAACACUGACGGGGGAUACAGUAUGUGGGCCAAUCAUACUCAGAAUGUGUGGCUGACGGCGAAGGUGACCAACCUGCUCCUGGCGGCGCAACACGAGGACUGGGAGAACCUGCUGUACAUUGACCCGGGCAUCAUUCAGAAGUCUGUCCGGUUUCUCCUGCAGAACCAAAUGCCCAGUGGAGGUUUCGCGGAGCUGGGAGAAGUGCCCCUGGAUGCUAAGCUGAGUUCCUUCGGCCGCCCCUCCUCCGUGCCCCUCACCGCCCUCGUGACCUUGGUGCUGCACAACAGUCUGCCCGUGCUGCAGGGCGUCACCCACUCCAGGGCCGUGGCUGCGAGGGCUAAGGCUGCUAAGUACCUGGUGUUCCAAUUAGCACACCUGGAUGACGUGUACCACCUGGCCAUUACUGCCUACGCCCUCACCAUCCUCGGCUCCCCCGCGGCAGACACGGCGGCGGCCAAGCUGUACGCCAUGAGGAGGCAGCAAGGUGACAUGGCGUACUGGUCUAAGGUAAGAAUCACCACGCAUCUUCGUCGCCAGGAGAACAGCCAGAGGGCGUUCCUGUUGCCCCGGGAGCCUGAGCAGUGGGACUCUCACGCUGUAGAGGCCUCGAGCUACGGCCUACUGGUGCUGCUAACGAGGGAGGGAGUUACCACGAAUUCUGAGCAAGUGAUGAGGUGGCUGAAUGCUGUCAGAGAUUGGGACUUUGCUUUCGUGUCUACUUCGGAUACGGUGGUGGCGAUGCAGGCCCUGGCAGAGUACUCCUUCAGGGCGCGGCUCAGGGAUGUCACGAAUAUUGAAUGUUCUUUCGAGGUCACUUCUCAGCCCGUCACUCCCCUGCAGGUCACAAUAACAAAUGAAUCUCUCUCUACUUAUCAUUCGUUCGAGCUGGAGAACGUCUGGGGCCACGUGAACCUGAUGGCCAAGGGAUCCGGCCAGGCCAUCGCGCAGCUAGAGGCUUCGUGGGGCGUGGACGUGCUUAGCUUCAUUGAACAACCCCACAAGAAAUAUUUUGAGCUGAAUGUUUGGGAGAAGUACCAUCAGUUUAGGAAUAAGUCAAUCAUCACUACUACUGUGUGUGCUAAGUGGUUGGCGACUGAGGAGGGGAACACGAGCAGCGCCGCCCUGGUGGAGGUAGAGGUCCCUACUGGCUAUAUGUUCCUGCAGCCCCACGCGGAGGAGAGGCUGGCGGCAAUAAAGAUGGCUGGCCACUUCCCGGAGCUCAAAAAUGUACACACGACAAAGACUCACAUAUUUUGGCAGUUUGAUAAUAUCCCUUCACACUCCAGUCAAUGCUUCAGCUAUGACGUGCGCAGAUGGUACCCCGCCGCCAACCUCACAGCCAUCCGCUCCGCUACUGUGAUGGAGCUGUUCUCGCCAGAGCACUUCGAGAUGGUAAUGAUAAACGCGACGCCCCUUGCUUUGCUUGAUAUCUGUGAAGUGUGUGGGUCUUAUCAGUGCCCCUACUGCCCCAUAUACAGCGCGGCGCCCCCUCUGAGUCCCCCGCCCUGGCUACUGCUGCUGCUUCUCUUCGCCCUCUCCCUUCUCCUGUCACCUUCACACCCCUCACGCCGCCUCUAAGUGUGUUCCUCACUCUCCUGCUGGUGCUGUAAGAGUUGUCAUCUGCUGUUUGUUGUUUGUUAUUGUUUUUUUUUUUGGUUUGUUUGUUUAUUUUUUUUGUUUUUAUUGGUGGUGGUGGUGGUAGUAGUAGUAGUAGUAGUAGUUGUUGUUGUAGUAGUAGUGAUUGAAUUACUAUUUUUUUACGUUUUUAUCUCUUAACUACUACUACUACUACUGCUACUACUACUACUACUGCUACUACUACUACGAAAACUUACAUUAUUAUUAUCAUCAUUACUACUACUACUACUAUCAUUAUUAUCAUUACCAUUGUUAUUGCUGAUGAUGACGAUAGUGGUAGUGGCGUCAGGAGGAGGUGACACAAGGCCUGAAGUCAGCAUGGAAAGUCAAGAAAUUGAGCUUUAUUGACUUACCGACCUUGCUGACCUUGUUGACCUUGCUGACCCAUAAAAUAUACGCGAAAAUACAUAACCUAAAAACGAGAUAAAAAAAAAAGGACAGAAAAAUACAGAAAAUAAAGUGAAAAUAAAGAAAAAAAAAACUAAAUAUCUUAAAGGAAAAAAAGCGAAAUGGAAUGAAAACUCUGAAUUACGUCACGUUUUCUUCAGUUUCGAGUCCGCUUUCUAUGGUGUAUUUUUUUUAAAGGUAGACUGAUGAAAAUUUGAUCUACCAGUGAUACUAUGUGUGUGUGUGUGUGUGUGUGUGUGUUUAUUGUAGUCAUUGUUAUAGUUGUUUACGAGUAUAUUGACUCUCUCUCUCUCUCUCUCUCUCUCUCUCUCUCUCUCUCUCUCUCUCUCUCUCUCUCUCUCUCUCUCUCUCUCUCUCACGCUGGUGCUGUUAUUUCAAAGUUAAAAUAAAGGUGCACAUGAAAUAAUUAGAUUGUGUGCGUAUUUACUACAUCGUGUACGGGACUACGUAUGUAUGUAUGUAUGUACGUAUGUAUGUAUGUACGUAUGUAUGUAUGAAUUAAUGAAAGUUAAUGAGAUUUUUUUUUUCGUUUAUAUUAUCGUUUUGUUUUUAUUUUUAUUAUUAUUAUUGUAAGUAUUAAUGAUUUCGUGUAGGAGUUUGAAAUGAAUCAGUUUUAAGAUUCAGUUAAACUCUUUGUGUGUGUGUGUGUGUGUGUGUGUGUGUGUGUGUGUGUGUGUGUGUUAGAAAAUGGGGACUUUUUAAUGUUUUUUAUUGUAUGUACUUAAUGAAUUGUACUUUCCUUGUGUGUUUUAUUUCAUGUCGCUGUAUUUUGAUUGUAUAUUUUAUUGUAUUUGUGUAUUUUUUUGUUUUUUGUUUUCUGAAGGUCCUGCGAGUCAUUCUGAGGGUUGGUGUUUUAUUUGUGUGUUUUUUUUUUUGUUUGUUUUGUUUCUUCUGAGUCACGUGUUGCUAAAGUGCUGAAAUUUGUGCUUGUUUUUCUCCCUUUUCUUCUUCUUUGUGUCUUCUUCAUUCCAUUCUUUCUUUUCCUUCCUUUCCUUCAUUCCUUUUCAUUUUGUUGCCUGUUUUCUUCCUCCUCUCUUUUCCUUCAUUUCUCUUUCUGUCAUUCUUCUUAUCGUCAUUCAUUGUCUUUCUUCUCUCCAUACAUUCCAUUUGUCUCUCCAUUUCUUGCUUUCUAUCCUUCACCUUCCCUUUCUCCUUCCUCUCUCUUCCCUUCUCUAUUAAUUUCCCUCCUUGUUAUCUCCCUUGUUCUCCUUCCUUCAUAUCUCCUUUCAUCAUUUCUUCUCUCUCCCUUCCCACUCUCGUUUCUCCCUUUGUUAUCUCCUUCCCUAUUCCUUCCCUCUUCUCUCCUCCCUUCCCUCCCUUUCCCCCUUUCCUACAUACCCUCCCCUGGUUCUCCCUUCCCCUUCUCUUCCCUUUCUGCAUUCCACCCUCCCUUACCUACCCCCUCUCUUAAUUCCCUUCCUCCCUCCCCUUCCUGCGCCCCCCCCACCCUUGAGUACACCUGCCGGUCAUGUUUGUACCUGUUGUGUUAACAAGGCGCGGCUCUUCUGAUUCCGUAAUUGGUGGUGUGUGUGUGUGUGUGUGUGUGUGUGUGUGUGUGUGUGUGUUAGUAAUUUGUGCACGUAUGUAGUUUUUUUUAAUUUUAUUUAUUUUUUUUUGUAUUAUAUAUUAUUAUUAUUUUUACUUGUAUAUUAAGUAAUUUUUUUCAACGUUGUAUAAUAAAUGGAGAAAAU